AAGAAGAGGAAGAAACAUUCCUUGGGGAUGAGAAAUGGUUGAAAAUCACCGGAGAGUUGUCAGGAUAACAACAUUUAGUCAGUAUUUAGCUGUAUGGAUCCCAAAGCAGCUGUGUUGGUGAAUUCAGAUCUUCCGUCCGGACACAUUCUUUGCCAUGAAAAAUGGAGGACUUCGUCUCUUCUUCAGGGCUUAAAAGAUGGAGGUGUGAAAAUCCUCUUUGAAAAGGAGCUGGGUGUGGCAGAUUUCCAUCUUCCCAGCAAAACGAAGCUUCUUUAUGUGUCAGAGUGUGACAUAAUAGCAGGAAAUGGCUACAAAAGGAAGCUGGUUCGAUACCGAAAUGCAAGUAGCAACUUUCAGGAACUGGUAAUAGUGGAGAGGACACGGCUCAGUGAGCAAUACUUCUCUGCUUUGCAGAGAUUUGUGGUGUUUGACUUAGGUUUGUCUCUUCUCCCAGUUAGUGGGCAAACAGAAGCCUCACAGCUCAUUACUCAGAUUGCUCACGGGGAGGGCAGAGAGAAUCCUUUUAGGCGGAAGACUUCAGGUCGGCUGUUGGACUCAGUGACCCUGACUCUGGUCCAGCAGAUCCCUGGGGUUGGCAGGGUCAAAGCUUUGACUCUGAUGCAGAAUUUUCCCAGUCUCACGGAAAUCUCCAAUGCAUCUCCUGCUGAGCUAGAGACCGUUGUGGGCGAGGGGAGCGCCCAGCAGAUUCACAGCUUCUUCCACGUAAACCUUAUUACUGGAACAUAAAGACUGACAUGUACUUUUCAGUGUUCAUUGGGCUAUUAUGUAUGGAGAUGCAAUGCAUCUCAAUGUGUAGACUUUAAGAAAUCCUUUUAAAAAAUAAAAAAAAAAUUUAACCACAACUGUGAUAAAAUGUGUGGAAUGACUGUACAAUAAUGUGUUAUGAAGUCAUUUUUAUUUUUGGUGAUGCCAGUAGUUAGGGCUUAGAGCUAAUAACUCAGAAUUGAAAUGACGAAGCUCAUUUUAACCAUGUAAAAUACUUGGGUUGGAAGUUUAUACAUGAAUUCAGUGGAAAUAACUAAAGUUAUUUGUGUUGCUGCGUACGACUGGACAGACACCACUUCACAAGUUACUUCCACAGUUCUCCACAAUAAUACAAAAACUAUUCAAUAAUAAGAUAAAUUCUUAGAAAAAUGUAGAUUACUUUCUGGACAGUCAAAACAGAUUCAGAUCAAACAGUUCAACAUCACUGGAAAUAAUUGAAUCAAGUGAGGAAAUCCCAAAAGCAAGAGACCAUAAUGUAACCCGGGUGUAAAUUUUAACGUCCAUUCCUUCAUUCUCUUUCCACUCCCUCUCCCCAUUAUCUCAAAUCUCACAAUGGUUCUAAUAUAUCACUAACUCUCACGGGACUAUGAGACCCUGAGUAUCAGGGUCACAUGUAUCAUCGCAGCCUAUCUGUUUGGUAUAUUAUCUGGAGUGGGAAAAUAUGAAAGAUUAGGACUCAUGUAAUUUUUUUCUCUUUAAUUCUGUACGACGCUCACAUAAAUGUGCUGAACUAUAGGACGCAACUACCGCGAUGAAAUGAAAAAACCCGUUUGUGUGAGAUAUGAACUGUGGAAUUGGUGUGUUUCUGUGUGUGGCUUGACUUCAGUUAAUUGAUUUCACUGUUUGUGUCGCUGCUAAAUUACUGAGUAUGAAAAUCCAGAUGCCCAACUUUUAAUAACCCAUUUGAUGAACAAUCAGGUGCCUUAAAUAUUUAUUGAGCACUUGUUUAUAUUAGGUUCUUUUACAAAUUCAUGUCAACUAAUUUGUAUGGUGCAUAUUUAUUUGAUUAUUUUGUUUUUGGGUGUAAUUUACAUUAAACUUUAUUAAAUACACAUAUUGACUGAAAAUGAUUGUUUGGAAUUAAUUAUAGGGAAAAAUGUGGCCUUUGUUGAAUUUGUGAGCACACUGGAAUGAUAUUUAUUUAUAUAGAAAAAUGGUCCUGUUGUAUUAUUCAGGCCAGGUUUGAUGACGAGCUGAAGGUCCAGGCACUUUGCACUUUUGGUGUGUGAAGACUUCUGAUUCUCCUGCCAGGCUGGCAGAGGCUCCUUGCAGCUGAUGAACAACUUUGUCCCCUGAUCUGACUUUUGACAGCCUAUGAAAUGCACCAAGCACUUUAUAAUUAACCUGCUUGGGACCUUUAGCCCACCCCAGCUUGGGGUGGAUGAACUGA